CUUGCAAAAGGCAGAAUGGUGGCUCUCGAAAACCCGCAGGGAGCCUCGUUUUGCCCUGUCACAUGCUUGGAGGGUCCUGAUGGUGCUGUAUUUUACUCCCAGGUGGUUGAACUCAAGCUUGGUGGGAAGGAUAUCCCCGUCACCAGUGCCAACCGCAUCGCGUACAUCCACCUGGUGGCAGACUACAGGCUGAACAAGCAGAUCCGCCCACACUGCCUGGCUUUCCGGCAGGGCCUGGCUAACGUCGUCAGCCUGGAGUGGCUCCGAAUGUUCGACCAGCAGGAAAUUCAGGUAUUAAUUUCUGGUGCACAAGUUCCCAUAAGUCUGGAGGACCUAAAAUCCUUUACGAACUAUUCAGGAGGCUAUUCUGCCGAUCACCCUGUCAUUAAAAUCUUCUGGAGAGUCGUAGAAGGUUUCACUGAUGAAGAGAAGCGCAAGCUGCUCAAGUUUGUGACGAGCUGUUCCCGACCCCCUCUCCUGGGGUUCAAGGAGCUGUACCCGGCCUUUUGCAUUCACAACGGAGGCUCUGACCUCGAGCGGCUCCCCACAGCCAGCACCUGCAUGAACCUACUGAAGCUCCCAGAGUUUUACGAUGAGACCCUUCUGCGAAGCAAGCUGCUCUAUGCCAUCGAGUGUGCUGCUGGCUUUGAGCUGAGCUGAGCUGAGCUGAGCUGGACCCGACCCUCCCAGAGCAGCCAGCACCUCCCCAGGCCCAGAGAGUGCUCCGGCUGGACCCCGGCUCUCCAGGCUCCUCCCUCCUCCUGGCAUUCCUCCCUCCCUCAUUUUUUAGAUGAUUUUUAUUACAACAUGGUCACUUAUGUAGAUGGACAUUGCUUAACAAUUGUUUUGUGCCGGGUGGCUGAUGUAGUAACUUUGCCAAGAAGAGCACAGUUUUUAGACUAGUGGCAACUCAGUGAAAUUAACCAAAGAUGAAGCUUUGGCUUUGCUGACCUUGUUAGACUCCUUCUGAGCCGCGGCUGCCACCUCCUGUGGGGCACCCCACGGUCUGUGACCGACUGAGGGGCCAAGGCGCCGCCCUCUGGGGCCACUGCUUCUCCUGUGGUUGAUUGUUUACAGCCUGUUGUUAAAACUAAAGGCACUUCCUGCUGCCUCCCCGUGGUGAGGUUGGACGGUAGGUGGUGGUAGUGUACUUGUGCUUCUCUCGCCACUUCUCCCAGGUGGGACCGGCAUGCUGUUCUCAGUGUAGCGCCGACCUGCAUCAUGAUGGCUUGGGUAUUGCUGUGGGGUGUGAGGUGGUCAUGCAUUCUGUCUGUCUAUCUCCACGUGCUGCCUGGAGAGCUUCCGGGGGAGGCCAAGGAGGGUCCACACACCACCGCACGCAUGUGGCCUGCAGUGAGUGGUGGCUGGGGGCGUGGAGGCCCUGCAGCUUCUAUUAAAGUCAUUUGAACCAAAGUGGUGGGCUGCGUCUCUCCGUGACCACGCGCCCUCCUCAGUCCAGCUGCAGUGCCCAGCACCCAGGGCGUCUUGGGGUACCUCACUCCCGUGCUUCCGGCUGCUGCUCUGACAUGGAGACGGGGCCGUUCCUGGCGUGUGUGGGGAGGGAGAGUCUCACGAAGGCACUUUAUCAGGACCUCUGUCUCCUCAGCAGCACCGGGUGCUGCCUGCCGAGCUGGUGCUGGGGAGUGCUGCAGAUCCAGUCCCUGUGCUCCCGCAUCCCCUCCGCUGGAGGCCUGUCGGCCAUUGAAGUCAAUAGACCAGAAUUAGCAAUACGCUUCUAAAUGGGAAAACAGAACGACACUUUUAAGACAAUGACCGUUAUCAAAACAAAAUGUAUAAUUUCUUAAUUUGAAUAAUAAAUUAAGUGUUUAAAUGCUAUUUGUAGUCUUGAUAAACAAAUAAAUAGCAUUUGUCUUUGGGUUUUUUUUUUUUUAA